AUGGCUACUAGCUUUCUGUACAAGCUGACUGAAUUGGCUGCUUACACGUCUGCCGUUGCUGCAGAGGCAUAUCAAACUAUAACUGGCCCGCCGGAGAAGCAGAGAAGUAGCCCACAUCAUCACGAAUAUUAUAACGAUGUGAUGCAGAUUAAAGCUGCGGGAGAGGAAGACAAUGAAAUGAUGGACGUUGACAACAAGAGAAAUGUUUGGGCUGCUGUCAAUAAUGUCGAUGAAGAAGAACCUCCGCCGCCAUAUGAUAGCUCUUGGAGAAUGCCUUCUCCCUCAACUCCAAAUUUACCAUCCACAGUUGAUGCCACUUCUCCAUCAAGAGUUCAAUUCAAUACUCCGCAACCACAAUCCCGCCGUCGACAAAUUCGCAUUCGCCGUGGGACUCGCCGUCCUCUUCGUCGGAAAUCUUCUUCUCAAGACCUUCGUGAUAGCUCGAUUAAAUUUGACGAUGAAGAUGAUCUAUUCUUAAAAUUCAAUUGCAAGCUCGCAGAUAUGAUUGCAGAAGGUAGAGCAGCAUUGACUAGUACGGUUGAUGUGACAGAAGUAGAAAUGAUGAUGGCCGAAGAACGAGAACGAGAAGAAAAGAUAAUGCGAGAUUUGGGAAUACAGACACCGAUAUCAUCUCGGAGACGACGGACAGGCAGUUCAAGUAGUGACUUUGAUUACUUUGCAGCUUCGCAUGUCGAUAAUACGUCAUCAUCUGUUACGUACGCUUCUCCAAGCACAGCUUCAGAUUAUAACUACUCCUCGCUUACGUCUUCACCGAUAUCAUACACAUCCAGCGGGUUUUCUGGAUUGAAUAGUAGUUCGCCAGCAUCUGCGUACUCUGCGUAUUCAAAUUCUUAUUCGUCUUCACCGAGUAAGUUUGAUCGAAUAGCGGGAAGUAGCCUGGGACACCACUCAUAUGCGAGCAGUACUGGAGCUUAUGGAGAGCUAAAGUAUGGAGAGUCAAGAUAUCGAGAGCCGAGGCUUAGUAAUCCACAAGCCUUUAGUUAUAAAGAGAAUACACACGGGAGCGGAGUGUAUAAUCGGUAUUAUUAA